CCUCCCCUUCCUCCGAAGCUCCGCUCCCAACCCCUCGUUUUUUCCCAGCCUCUUUUCUCAAUUCCAGCCUUCCAGCCCACGUCCAUCCCUGGACUGCUCCCCAAACGGUCAAAGCCAGAGCCGAUCGCGCGCGGCGGCGAUAACGAGAAGGUAGCUGAACCAGGAGGAGGAGGAAGAGUCGCCGGCGAGCAGCAAUGCCUUACUGCGAGGUGGGCAGGUACGCGGACGGGGAAAAGUGGGAGGGCGUCCGGCUCUUCUACCGCCGCUACGGCCGCGGCGCCACCAAGGUGCUCCUCAUCAUCGGAUUGGCGGGGACGCAUGACUCGUGGGGCCCGCAGAUAAAGGGGCUGACCGGGUCGCUGGAGCCCGCCGACGACGAGGCCCCGCGGCCGGACGAGGAGGCCGGCGCCGGCGCAGCCGGCGCGGCGGAGGCGGCGCCCGCGGAAGGGGAUGACGCCGGCGGCGACGGCAUCGAGGUCUGUUGCUUCGACAACCGCGGCGUCGGCCGCAGCUCCGUGCCCCCGAACAAAUCCUACUACUCGACGGCGAUCAUGGCGAAGGACGCCUUGGCCUUGAUGGAUCAUUUGGGGUGGAAGAAAGCACAUGUCUUUGGCCACUCUAUGGGUGCGAUGAUUUCUUGCAAGCUAGCAGCGAUAGCGCCUCACAGGCUGUGUUCACUGGCAUUGCUUAAUGUUACCGGAGGUGGCUUUCAGUGUUUCCCAAAGGUAGAUGGGCAGAUGCUAUCUCUUGCAUUCCGUUUCUUAAGGGCGAAAACUCCAGAGGAAAGAGCGCUUGUAGACUUGGAAACCCAUUAUACGAAGGAAUACCUUGAGGAUACUGUCGGGUCAUGCACUAGGAGAAUGAUCCUUUAUCAAGAAUAUGUGAAGGGUAUAUCUUCAACAGGAAUGCAAUCUAAUUGUGGUUUUGAAGGGCAAGUUAAUGCAUGCUGGACUCACAAAAUGACUACAAAAGAAUUAGAUACAAUACGUUCUGCCGGUUUUCUAAUUUCAGUUAUUCAUGGAAGGUAUGAUAUAAUUGCACAAUUAUGUCAUGCAAAACGUCUAGCAGAAAGGCUUCUUCCUGCUGCUAGAAUGGUAGAACUUCAUGGUGCACAUCUAGUGAGCCACGAAAGACCAGAUGAGGUGAACAAUGCACUUAUGGAUCUAAUAAAGGCUACCAAAUCUGCGAUGAAACCUGAAGAGUGGUCGGCCCAGCCUGAGAAUGUAUCAGAAACCGGGGCACUUAUAUCCGGGAGACCCAUUACCGUCACGAUGCGAACAGAUGAAGGUGCAAAUGCCACCAAAGUCGCCGUAGCAGUCUAUACCUUGCUUGGCAAGCUGCAACUAAGCUUUCUUUAUCUCAUAGGGGUGAUAGUCAUGGGGUUUGAGCACAUGAGGAACAUUGUAAAGGUAAUGAAGCCAGUAAGGGUGGCAGCAAUUGAGUCAUAAGAAAACAAGGACAUGCAAAUUAUUCUCAAUACAAUACCUUGUGGGAGUCGAGAUGAUAUUUCACUUCACCCCAAUACUUCGGAGAUGAUGAUUUUAGCGUAGCAUCUCCAACAAAUGUGGAACUUUUCUGAGAGAACGCCUGCUCUUAGCAGAAUAAUAGGACACAAGAACAUCGAAGAAACCAUAGCACGCGCCUGGGCAGAAGUGUCGCAGGGCGCGGUUGAUGUAUGUACCUGCAAGAGAAUGUGUAGCCUGUAUCUGUUUCACGGCCACGUGCUGCGCUGGUGCUGCCGGCCUGACACCCGGACCUGUAUCAUACUGAGAUUUCAAAAUCGAUUCUUCGUUGCUUCA